AUGACUGAUGUUUCGUGUUCUCGUCUUUCUGUUUAUUUUUUUUCACAUGCCAGAUCCUCAUAUCUCAGAGCCAGGUGUGUGAGCAGACAGGAGCUCCAGAGCACUGUACGGCAGGUCCAUAAGGUGCUCUUGGCUCAUGAGACCUCCUAUGUACAGACCCUCCGCAGCCUCCGCAAGAAACUCAACCUGCUACAGAACAGCACAGCCAAAGAGGGCAGCAACACCAGCACAGUGUGUCCACUGCCAGAGCCACUAGCCAAUGGCAGGAUUCUGGGCAGAGUGUUCCCGUUGGGCCAUGAAGUUCACUCCCUCUGCCAACCUGGUUUUCAGCUCUCAGGCCCGAAUACAGUGUGUCUGGGCUCGCUCAAGUGGAGUGGAGAAAGGGCAGCCUGCAAGAUUGUAGAUGCUGGAAUAAACAAUGAUACUACUUCCUCUCUGCCCUCGUCUGCUUCAUCCUCUUCCCUGACCUUAAUCUCAGCCUACGUGCGCCCCUCCCGCUGCAUUGAGCAGGUAGAGAGUGAGUCCGGGUUUUACUGUACCAUUCACAGCAACAGGGUGGUUUUUCCCAUGCGUGUAAAAAAACAAUCCCGUGGAACCUGUGUUUCAGACAUUGAUGAAUGUGAGCUCUUCCGCCUGACUCAGCCUGGUCGCCUGUGCUUGCACACCUGCAUGAACACAGCUGGGAGCUACCACUGUGCAUGUCCUGAGGGAUACAGUCUCAGCAGAGAUAGCAGGAACUGCCAGGACAUUGAUGAGUGUGAGAGAGGAGUUCAUAACUGUACACAUGAGCAGGUGUGUGUGAACACAUGCGGAGGUCACCGAUGCAUGGAGGUCAAGUGCCCGCACUUCCGUAACGCAUCCUAUAUCAAGACCUCGCCUCUGCGUUGUGUACGGAAUCCCUGCAUGCACGGGGAGAAAGCCUGUGUCCAGGCUCCUGUCUCUGUCAACCUCCACUUCAUGUCCAUCGUGUCCAACAUGACCACGCCCCGGGUGCUCUUCAGGCUGUCUGCAGUGCCUGUGCUGGUCAACACCCUGCGCUUCGGCCUGCUGGGGAGCGGGACAGCCCACUUCACCGCGCAGCGCUCGGGAAGGCAGAGCGGGCAACUGAUGCUGUUGGAGCCCGUCCAAGGCCCUGGCCUGCUGGAGGCUGAGGUGGAAAUGAGCGAGCUAGAGAGCAGAACGCUGCUCGGGCGGUACGUCACCAAGGUCGUGCUCUUCGUGUCCCCGUACAGCUUCUGAAACAGAGAGGGAGCAAGUGAUGGACUGGCUGAUGUCAAGGCUCACUGGAGAACAAGCUGAAAUUCUGGCAUAAGAUAGAACCAUUUAAUACUUGCUUUACAGGUGUCACUGUCCACAGUAAAAAUAGAAGCUUUACAUUUCUGCAAUUGCUUUAC